UUUUUUUUUUCGAGAUCUAGACGCGUAUCAUCAUGACUUCCAACAGACCAUCCGAUGCCGAAUUAACUCAAAAGUAUAACCAAUACAAGAAUGAACUUCAACAAUUAGCACAAAAAGUAGGCGAAUUGGAAUCAGAAGUAGAGGAACACAAGCUUGUGAUUGACAGUAUUUCACCACUUGAGCCCGAACGUAAAUGUUUCCGUAUGGUAGGUGGUGUAUUGGUCGAGAGAACAGUGAAAGAAGUCUUGCCUGCUUUAGAAACCAACUACAGUGGUAUUCAACAAGUCAUUGAGUCAUUAUUACAGUCUUAUAAGCGUAAAGAAGAAGAGUUUGUCGAAUUUCAGAAAAAGUACAAUAUCCAAGUGGUCUCUAAACAGUAAAAAAUAAAAAUAAAAUAGAGGGGGUGUGAUUGGUCAGAUGAUCUACAUGCACUCGUUCGUAUUUUUCAGGUUCAACCUUUU